GUAUAUAUUUUGAUAAAGUGUACUGAAUCUGAAUUAUGAUCCAGUUCUUUAUAUUUUUGUUAUACUCUAAUAGAUGUCAAUUUAAGGCCGAAAUCGAACCGACAUACAUCUUAUUGAAUUAUAUUCUUUCAAAAUAAUACAAAGCGUAAAGUUGUAGUAAAAUUUUGAAAAUCAGUAAAAUUUGGAUGUUUAAGAUGUCACUUUUUCGAAAACCCAAAAAAACUAUACAACGUCGUGUUUUUUCAAGAUUUGAUGAUGAUGGUGACAAUCUUACGAGAAAUAAUUCAGAGAAAUCAAUGCAAAUGGAUGUGGAAGAGCAAAAUUUAAAUUAUAAGAAAGGAGGUACAUGUUAUGGAAAGAGAAUUAAAAAUGAAAAGUUUAGUCGAACGGACUGCAAAACGUCUAAAACGAAAUCGCUGUUAAGUUUUGCUGAUGACGAUGAAGAAGAUGAGAUUUUUCAAGUCCGAAAAUCAUCUCAUAGUAAAAAAGUCAUGCGUAUGAUGAAUAAGGAGCGACGUAAAAAAAGAGCAAAGGAAGAAAAAAACAACGAUCACGAAUCCGUAAACUAUUCACCACAGCGAGAGCAUGAGAAUGACAAGGGAACGGAAUCUUCAAAUGACGUUUUAACUACUAUCUCUAAUGGUGAUAAAAAAUGUCUACAGACAACAGCGUUUGUUUUAUCAGAAGUAAAUAAAAGUAAAAAAUCUGAUAAUAUUGAAACCGAAAUUCGUACAGAUGACUUUGUGCUUGUUGUUAAAAAGUCAGAACCGGCACUUAUUCUUGAUGGAAUUGACUCAAUUUGCUCUGGAAAAGAUGACAUGUCUGAUGAUAAUGAGAGAGUUAAUAGCGAUGAUACCAGAACUCAAAAAACGUUUUCAAAAGCUGAAAAUCUUAAACAAAUGCUUGAGAAUGGAUCUAUCCCAGAUGCUACCAUGAUUCAUGCAGCAAGAAAACGCAGGCAAAAAGCACGCGAACAAGGCGUUGUUAUUCCAGUAGAAGAUCCUAAUAAUGAAGAAAAUAAAAAGGCAAAACAAAUCAAUAGAGAAGAUGAAGAUGAAGUUGAGAAUUCUGGUGAAGAAGAACGUAUUAAUAUGAAUGCGGUUACUGGGAAGAGAGAGCUCGAAGAACGGCGUGAAAAAUUUUAUUCUGUUGAGAAUUAUUAUUCCGAUGAUGAUUCGGAUCAUGAUACCAAUGAAUGGGAGAACCAACAAAUUCGAAAAGGUGUAACAGGAGCACAGCUCUUAACAGCACAACAUGGUUCAGUCAUAUCCAAAUUUAUAAUAAAGUCAUCAAACACUCAGUUAGAGUCUACUUCACCACAGUCAACUAUUACGCUUUUAGAUGAGGCCUAUACAUUAAAAUCAAUUGACAAAUCACUUCAAUUAAGAUCAAAUAUUGAAAAUGAUAAAAAUAUAUCCGCGUUAAGAACACCCCCAGAAAUCACAGCUUCAAUACAAACAAGAUUAAUGAAAAUAAGGGAACAUAAUAGAAGCCAUAAAUUAAAUAUCAAUAGAAUAUCAACAGAAAUGAAGGCUUUAAGAAUGAAUGAAAUAGACUGUUCACAAAAAGCUCCAACUGCUGCAGCAAAAUAUCGCUUCUAUCAGGAAAUUAAUGGAUACGUCGAGAACUUGGUUGAGUGUCUAAAUGAGAAGGUACCUAAAAUAAAUGACUUAGAGAAACGUGCUAUGCAAAUUUUAUCAAAACAUCCUUCAUAUUUAAUUGAGAGAAGAAGACAAGACGUUCGAGACCAAGUAAAGGAAAUGACUGAAUCUUCAAACAAAUGUUUAGGCUCAGCUAUGAAAAGGGUUCCAGAAAACGAAGAAAUAAUCAAAAGAACAGCCGAACGUGAAUGCAGACGAACUCGAAGGCGUUGUGAAAGAGAAAAAUGUGACAUUAGCAGCACACAUUUAGAUGGCAUGUCAAGUGACGAUGAAGUUUCUGACCAUGUUCUUAAACAAAAGAAAUUGUCAAUAGAUCAAUUGCAAGUGGAAGUAGAUAAUUUAUUUGCAGACGCUGGAGAUGAUUUCUGUAAACCAGAAUUUGUACUCUCAAAAUUUAAUGUUUGGCGAAAGACGGAUAUGGAUUCAUACAAAGAUGCUUUUGUUAGUCUUUGUCUACCCAAGGUCAUGGCUCCAUUCGUAAGAACUGAAACAGUUAUUUGGAAUCCCUUAAGUGAAGACUACAAAGAUAUUGAAAAUAUGAGCUGGUAUUCUGCUUGCAUGCUGUUUGGAUUGUCAGAAAUGGAAACAGAAGAUUCAUUAUUAUUAGAUCCUGAUGUGAAACUAGUGCCAAUAGUUAUUGAAAAAAUAUUACUUCCAAAAGUUACAGAAAUUGUUAACAACUGCUGGGAUCCAAUGUCAACUACACAAAAUCUACGUUUAAUUGGAUUUAUAAAUCGCGUUGGUAGAGAUUAUCCAAUUCAACAUUACUCAAACCAACUUCAGAAACUUUUUAAUGCCAUUCUAGAAAAACUAAAAUCUGCUCUUUAUAACGAUGUUUUUAUACCAAUCUUUCCAAAACAAGUUCAAGAAGCACGGACGUCAUUCUUUCAAAGACAACUAUGCAGUGGUUUAAAAUUAUUCCGAAAUUUUCUUAGCUGGCAAGGAAUUAUAGCUGACAAACCAUUAAUUGAUUUAGCUAUAUCUUCUCUGUUGAAUCGAUAUCUUUUAUUAGCUACAAAGAUAUGUUCCAUCAACGAUGCACUCAGUAAAGUUUACAUUGUGGUGAAUACUCUUCCUACAGUUUGGUUGCAGCCGGAAUCAGAAACACUCCAAAACCUGCAUCCACUCAUACUUUUUAUAAAAUCUAUAGUUGAAGGCUUUGAUCCUAAAAAUCCAUUGCAUAUGCAAUCAUGUGAUAAAGCAAAAAAAAUUCUUCAACGCCUACAUAGCUGGUGAACAGAAAACACUUUAAAACAUUAAACGUUUGUUUAGCUAAUCUUAUAUUUUAAUUGUGAAAAGUUUUAAAUUUAAAAUUGCAAAAAUUAUAGAUCAAAAAAAAUA